AUGUACCGUGUUCUCGCCAUCGCAGAGAUUCUCCGCUGUAUCUUUGAUCUUCUCGGAAAGCAAUCGAACGCUCGUAACGCCCUGGUCUGCAAGGCUUGGUCAUCCAUUGCCCUCGAUUGCGCAUGGCGAAGCGUCGAACCGGGGGUCUUUCGAGCGCUUUGCCCCACGAACAUAAUGGAAUCCCACAACGAGGACGACACUGAAAUUGUGACGUUUACACGCACCCCAUUGACGAGAGAUUGGUUGUCCUUUCUCGUGAACAGCGCACGAGUGCGUAAAUGGCAUGAUUGCACCUUCAACUCUCCGUACCGGCUUUCGCGAGAUGCCGUCAGUGAUAUUGGCAUCACACGCCCCGUAGCCCACAUUUUUCCAAAUCUAUUGGACAUGAAGGUCGGGACGAGUGAGCUUGAGCCAUUCUUCAUGGGUACCUCAGUAAGACGUCUAGCUCUCGUCAUCAGGCAUAGCUCCGACGACAGUCAGGCCAGUGAACUACGGACCAUAUCUGUUCUUAUGAAUGUGGCAGAUCGCAUGCCCCAACUAACGAUGCUGUGGAUCGGUUAUCUCGAUCCAGAUACGCCGAACUACGACAACAAUAUAUCGUAUCUACUUCAGCAUCUUCCGGCCCUCCAAAAACUCAGGAUUUCCGCUCUUUGUCUCGAUGCAGCCAUUGUCAGUGCUCUCGCACAUCACAAGGACCUUCAUACUAUCAAGAUCAAUAAAGGAGAACCCUUCAUGCUCUAUUCGUGUACCCAGGAAACACGGUUCAUGUUUGAUAGCUCGAAACCCCUCCCCGUCGGUGCCUUUCCGUCGAUUCGCACUAUGGAGUUCUCCGCUCCCAAUCUCAAUGAUGCUGCAUCAUUCAUUUUUCAGCCUGAAUUUCCGCUAUACAACCUCAAACGACUUCUUAUCCACACGCGGAUUGUCCCACCAUCUGAGGACGUCGGACGGUUCAUUGAGAGGCUUGCGACUGCUUGCGAUGCGCUAGACGACCUCACACUCGAUUUUCAUGAAUUGCAAUACCGCAGCGGUAUCCAGCUGUCGACCACCGCUUGUCUUGAGUUUCGGCACAUCGCUUCCAUUUCUCUGCUCAAAACUCUUACCUCCCUCAUCAUUCGCCAUCCAUACCCUCUCGAUAUGAACGACGACGACGUGGAGCGACUAGCCGCAGGCUUCCCAAACCUGGAGGUCCUCCAUCUUAAUCCGUACCCCGUCAUACCGACAACGACAGAGGUCACUUGCCUCGCCCUACACCACCUAGCAAGCCAUUGUCCUUACCUCGUCAAUGUCGGUAUAUACCUCGACGGAAAUGUUGCCAUGACUCCAAUUCCUAUACUUCCUCGACGCUUGUCCGUCACGCUGACACUCGGUCAUUCCCCGUUGCCCGUCAGGAGUGACUCUACUAUUCUGCAUUACCCUCAGAUUGCUCGUUACCUCGGGUCAGUCCUUUCUGAGUCGUGCACAUGGGGUUGGAAGAACGACGUCUUCGUUCCCGAACUCCACAAUCGCCGCACAUGGCUUCCCAAUGUGACUCCGCACCACGAUCUCGACGGCUACAAGCGUGGGUGGGAAACGGUAGCGGCAUUGACGAGGAUGAUAUUUGAGGAUAGGUGUCAGAUGCGGGAGAGUGGCCUGGUAGUAGCGCCGGACGAAGAGCUGGAGAUAUGGAAGAGGAAGUUUGUGGCUUUGGAGACGAGAUAUGCUGAGGUGCAGGCGCUAAAAGUGUUGUCCGAGUCGGCGGAAACGAACUGAGCGGCCCUCUGCCUAGUGGCCGCAUUCCCGGCAUACAACGCAUAUGCAACUCCUUGCCUCCUUGUUACCCGUGGCCUGUCGUUGUCUGGACUUUAUUUCUUUUCUUACGCGGCGAUUCGCUCCCAACAGAAUCUCCCUCGCCUGUGCUCUGACGACUUCGAGCUGGCUACUUACCAGUCUCUCUGACAAUUCCACCUCUGCACACCUUAUAAUAUUUUCCUGCUUUCCAGUCGUGUACAAGUACAUAAUUACCGGUCAUUCUCCUCAUAGAAGUUGCGUAGCAGAAGUUUUAAGUGAACAUAAAAGAUGCC